AUGAUACCACCUCUCUCAGUUGCUCCUCGGUUUCCGGACUGCGUGGACUGGCAGAAAAUGCGUACUGUGGCCGUAUGGACCGCUUUCAUGUUAGCGUACUCGAGCAGCCCGUUUGUGGCCGGUAUACGAUACAUCGAUCCGAUCUCGGCGCAAUCAGGGAACACCGGCGACAUCGCAGAGAAGCGCGUUGACCUGACUGAGCCGACAUGCGAAGAAUUGAGGACAAUGUGGAGAUACACCAAACGGCAGAGCAGGGCUGCUAAAACCACCACCGGCUAUUCACUUUAUCCUGAUCCGUUUUCGUACAAUGUCUGGAAAUCAUAUCCCGAGCGCGCCAAACCUCCUGUUAACUAUCGUGGAAGGUUCACGGGAAGACCCCGUAAUCGUGCAGGCGGUAGCGCUCCAAUUUAUGGGAAGAUGGUGCACAAGGCGCCGGCAGGAAGUAGAUUAAGAAACGGGAUGCGCCAGUCGCUACGACCUUUCGACAAAAUCCAGCAUUCUUACGGAACAAUUAAUUCUUAUCCACCGUCAUCGAGGAGACGUUUGCCCAGCUUUCGCACGGGAAAUAUUUCUCCUCCCUUGUCUCAGGUUCCACAGGCUGGUAGUUUCCAACACUUGAAGGAAUUGCUUCGCGCACAACGUGCCCGCGAGCUACAGGAGCAACACAAGGCUGAAAAACUCGUAGAAAAGACGUCUACCUUCAAAGACUCGAUGGACGACGAUCAUCCCUUCAAUAUACAGCAGUCGCGAAAGUACUUCCUGAAGCCGACAUUGCAAAUUCCGUCGGAAAUUAAUUACGACUUUGGUCAGGGACGAUACACAUCGAACGUGCCGAAUAUUGGUCAAGCCUGGUCGAGGAGUGGACCCCAGGCUCGAGAAUACUUGUUGCGUUAGUACCUCAAUAGACUACCGAUCUCUCCCACGCAAGGAAAAGGCCCGAACGAUUGACGUAACGGUUUCGCCGUUACGUUUGCACACGACAAUAUGCAAAAUAUUCGCAUCUGCUUCCCCGGCAAUCUCCGACACAUUGAAACCUGCGUGAACCAGAUUCUUGCGUUUGUAGCAGUGAGUAUCG